UUUUGCCUUUUGCUUGCUUCAGAAAGGAGAAAACGCGGACAGCUGUCGCUAGCUCAGAGCUAAGAUACAUGUCGAUCUUGAGCUGUUUCUUAUAAUUCUAUCGAUAUUUAAUCGUGUAUUACUGCCUUACUGUUGCCUUGUUAUAUUCAGUAUAAAACUAAACGUAAAUACUAUCAUUAAAAGCGGAAACCACACUUUAAAAGUGUGAAAAGUCAUAUCGUGAACAUCGUUGCUUGGCCUAGGCGCAUAAAGGACCAAAGACAAUCGAGCCGUAAUCUGGUGAAUCCAGUAAGAAAGCCAGUCGAGUUGAAACACUAGAAGUACUCAAAAUUAAGUCAAUCGGGUCGAAGUACAGCAAAACCAAGUGUGAAACGCGAUUCGACGUAUACGACGGGUUCCUGACGAAGUCGAUGGAGGAUCUGCAGUAGCCAUAUUGGCCAGUCACGCAUGAUUUUCACAAGGAACCCCCCUCGACCAGGGCGGUUUUGCCAUGAACGCCGGUAACCGUCUCGUUUCUUGUGCAGCCUGAUAUUUCCUCCGAACUUUAAAAAUGUUUCAGCCACGAAUUGAUCCCCUGCAGCUACUCAGAUGUCUGAGUGUGUUGCUCGGACCAAAUGGAGGAAUCCUGAGUAGAGACCAAGUUGGCAGAUUGGCAAGUUUGAUGACCAAGUUCUCCAAGAAGCUCGUGAGCAAGUGCAUCUACGUGCUUAUUUUAAAAAACACAAAGACCGAACUCAUUGGCAUGUUUAUGAGUGAGGGUGGCUGGGCUCUGACUAACUCCUGGCUAGCUGAUGCCAUUGAAGCAAGAAAUUGGCCUUUAAUGAAAGAAUUGCUUGAAUUGCUUCUGAUGUGUCCUGUGGAUGUGGAGAGAUUAAAACUUAACAACUGUCCAAAGUUGGUUAAAGGGCUCUCAAAAGAUACAACAGACAGAGAUGUUCAGUUGUUGGCCACUCGCCUGGUUGCACAGUGGCUGCAGAUAGUAAAAUCUCCGGCCCCAGUGCUACAUCAUCCUACGAUUGACACAUCUCAUCUUGCCCUGGAGCCACAUCACUCUCUGGAAGGAGAGAUGUUGCCCCAAGCAUCGCAGCUUCAGAUGUUGGAGGAGAGUCGGGAAGAUGAUGGACAUUUUAAUUUUCAUUUCCCCACCGAUUCCAACAUGCAACUGGAUAUCGCCAAUGAUCUUUAUUGUGAUCCGACUGAUAUCACUUUUGACACAAUUUCUAAAGACGAUUUAUUGCCUGCUAGUGCGAAUCUUUGUGAAUAUAGAACUGAUAACUGUAAUAGUACAAUAAUCGGUAAUGGUUCUGAUUUAGGUGAAAUUCAUACUGAAUUUCCAGGUGAUUUAGUGAAUGUGAAUGAAGUUAGAAACGAUUCUCUGCAGGAAAUGAACUUUGAAAGUGUUAUUGAACCUGCUGUUAUUAGUGAAGUGAUCCCUGUUCCUGUGAGUGAAGAGACUGAGGUAAUGGAUACUGACAGUGCUGUUGUUACCAAUGGUGAACCACCUCAAGAAAAACUUGUUCUCAAGUUAAGUGUUUUGAAAGAUGGCAAGAAAGUUAUUGUUAAAUCUCCAACCAAGCGGAAAAUGAGUGAAGAUGAUGAUGAGGAAUCAUCUCCUGCCAAAAGAAAAGCAAGAGAACUUUCAAGAGACAAAAAAAGAGAAAAGGAAAAAUCUGACAAAUCUUCUCACAGACAUGAUAAGACAGAUAAGAAGUCAUCAUCUGGUUCGUCAUCAGAGAGAAGAAGCAGCAAGGACUCAACGAGAGAUUCCCACAAGAGCGACUCUCGCCAUAGUGAUUCUAAGAGCAAACAUCAUCAUUCAGACAAAUUGAAAGACAAAAGUAGAGAUAAGAUUAAGGAAAAAUCAAAACCAUCAUCAUCUUCAUCAUCGUCGUCAUCAACAAAGGAUAAAGAAAGAGAAAGGGCUAAACUGAAAGAGAAAGAGAAGAAGUUAAAAGAAAAAGAAAAGGCUGAAACUCAAGCUGAAAAAGAUAAGGCUACUCUGGCUAAAGUCAUGCAGCCUUCUUCUGUCAGCAAAUUAGGGAAGAUUCCUAAGAAAACUGACAGCUCAUCUAAGUCUGGUGAAAAGGUACAUCCUCCUGUGUUGCCAGACACUAAGAAGAUCUCUAUAUCUAUCGAGAACAGGAAACAGUCUGGUGAACCUCGUCCCAAAACUGUCAAGACUCCUCCCACCAAGUUCCGUUCCACCGGAUUAGAAGAUGUCGUGAAGCCACCUCCAUCCCGGAAGGACAUCAAGAAACCUGCCACGGGUGCAGGUGUACCUUUGCCUGGAGCCAAGGAAUCCAACCCCCUCCUGAAUGUGCCUGUUCUACCAGAGAGGCGCACCAAGCCUGUUUUGAACAUGGCUGGUCCACCUGAGCGCCCUGGAGCCAUCAAACUCAUCCCUGCCAAACCAAAAUCCACCGGCCUCCAGGACAGCGACUUCUUCAUGGACGCGCUCAACGCCGCCAACGUGAAGAGGGAGCCGCGGAAGAGGAAGCGGCGCAUCAGCGGCAGCAAGGACGAGCCCACCAGCCCCACGGGGCUGAACGCCUCCACCGCGUCCAACGCGUCGCAGAGCGAGGGCAACGAGAGCAGCUCGCCGGCGUCCUCGCCGCAGCGCGCCGCCGACGUCAAGCCCGCCGACGUCAAGCCCGCCGUGGACAAGGCCGCCGUCGACACCAAGCCGGUGGCCGACGCCAAGCCCGUCGAGGCCAAGCCCGUCUUCAAGUUUUACCAAGAAACACUCGAGCUCAACGACGACGUCAAGAAGGAGAAGGGCGAGGAAGACGAAGAUGCGGACAAGGACGAGAAGGCCAAGGUGAAGGAGGAAGGCUCGGAGGAGACUGAGGUCAAGAAGGAGGCCGCUGUCGACGACGAGGACAAGGAGGAGAAGGAGGCUGCCCUCAAAGAGACAACGCCUGUCGGUAGCCCGGUGAACGACGAGGCUGAUGCCGAGACUGAGGAGAACAACGCCUUGAUGGAGCGGGAGAAAAACAGGCUGCCGCGCGGCGUGCUGGUCUUCCACCGCUCCAGCCAGAAGCCCAAGAAGUCGCUCAAGUGGAAGGCGGACUCGGAGCUCGAGGCGGUGCAGUACUUCGAGUUGGACGAGACGGAAAGAGUGAACGUGACCAAGACCUCGUUCAUGGACAUGAAGCAGAUGGAGCGCGUGCACGAGAGGGAGAACUUCCACAUGGCGCGGCGCGUGAGCGGCGAGGACCAGAUGAAGGAGCACACCGUCUGGGCGCCGCUCAUCCCCAUCGACCUGCCGCCCUCGGACGUGGAGCACGGCAGCAAGUCCAGGGAGAAGGACGUGCAGUUCGCCCGCGAGAAGAUGACGCCGGCCUCCCCCAUCUACGUCAAGAACCUCGGCAACCCCGACAGCCCCGCCGAGCCCGACGUCGUGGCCUUCACCCCCACGGACCCGGUGCGGAUACCCCUGGACGACUUGAUGGGCUCCAACAGCGUCAACGACUACACCAACACGCCCUGGCCCGAGUCCAAGCCCGUGCUGAUCCCGCAGUCGCCGCCCCACUCGCACACCAUCUCCCACCAGAUGCCCUUGCCCUCCCAGCCUAUGGGACACCACGGGCCCGCCCUGCUGCAGACGCCCAACAUCCCCCCGACCGGCUACCACACUGCUGGAGGAGACUGGAGGACUGGCGAUGGCAAGGUUGUCAUGUCAGACAUGGGAAUGAAUCCAGGACUUGCAAUGGGUUCUGGUAUGGGCCUAGGAAUGGGACCCGUAAUGGACGGAGGAAUGGGACCUGGGAUGGGUCCUGGAAUGGGACCUGGGAUGGAUAUGUACAAUCAAAACAUGGAUGGGAGUUGGAACCCUGACAUGAACUAUGGAAUGAUGAAUGGACAAGACAUGUACCAAGGAAUGGACCAAGGAAAUUAUGACAUGUACCAAGGAGGAUCAGGAUUUGGCGGUAACCAAGGCGGCUCUGGCUUCAGCAGAGGAAGGGGUCGAGGCUGGUACCGAGGAGGAUCUGGUGACAGCUGGAGAGGGAGCUCAAGAGGACGAGGAGGCUGGUCUGGCCCAGGUGGUCCUUCAAAGAGAGUAUGUCGAUACUUCAAGAGAGGAAACUGUGCUACUGCAAAUUGUCAGUUCCUCCAUCCUCCUGAAUUAAAAGGAAUUGCUGCUCGCCAUUAAGUGCCUCACAAAGUCAAUCUCACUGCCAUCAACUUGUACAUUCUGUUAAUAAUAAUAGGUGCUAUUUAUCAACUUUUUUUUUUGCACGAUAAUGAAUUGUUAAAGAUACCAAAGCUUUAAUUUGGGAAAGCUAUUAAUGCCCGUUUUGUUUUGUUUUUUUAAAGCAUGUGUUGUUAUGUCUAUUUUGAACAUUAUUCUGUGACAUACUGUUUACCAGAAAAAGAGUCUGGUCUGUGAUAUUUGUAUAGAUUUCUAGGUCAUAAAUGAUUCAAAGAAAUACUGAA